AUGGCUAUGCAUACAUUAAGGUCAUUUUCCUGUUUCUGUGUCUGUUGUCUCCUCCUCGUAGCAACUUUUAUGUCUGGAGUCAGUGCCGAUAACAAUGCACAAAAGUUCCAUUACUUCUGUAAUCAUAAUAAAGAUAGAGGAAACUACACAGCCAACAGCACGUAUGAGACCAACCUCAACACUCUUUUGUCCACUCUCACUUCCAACACAGAAAUCGAGUACGGUUUCUACAAUCUCACAAAGGGCGAAAACACUGACCAAGUCUACGCCAUUGGGCUGUGUAGAGGAGACGUUAAGCCAUAUGAAUGCCGCAACUGCCUUGAACAUUCCAGAGGCAAUCUCAGUCAGCUUUGUCCAAAUCGAAAGGAAGCAAUUGGUUGGUACGAGGACGAGCAGUGCAUGUUGCGCUACUCAAACCGCAAAAUAUUGGGUCUUAUGGAAACUGAACCUGAGUAUUUUAUGUGGAAUGUAAUUGAUGCCCCGCAAGUGGAGGAGUUCAAUAAAGUGGUAAAGGACUUGCUUGAUGGGUUGAGGAGCAAAGCUGCAUCAGGAGACUCUCGUACCAAAUAUGCUACAGCAAAUGCAACUGAACCAGAUAACAAAUUCAUUUACGGGCUUGUGCAGUGCACGCCUGAUUUGUCUGGACCCGACUGCGAAAAUUGCUUGAUUCAAUCCAUCAAUGAAAUCACAAAUUGUUGCCACGGUAAAAUAGGAACUAGAAUUGUUAGACCCAGUUGCAAUCUGAGAUAUGAAACUUCCUCUCCCUUCUUUGGGGCUCAAGCAUAUACACCAUCACCGUCACAGUCACCGUCACCGUGGCUCUCGCCACCUCCUAUGAUAAGCGCCAUGCGUCAGGAAGUAAUUAUGCAGAUAUAG